CGCCCGCAGCUGGCACUGCAGGCGGUGGCUGGGUGAAGCGGCUGCUCCGGGGAGUCUGAUUUCCAGCCCUGUUUAUUAAUAACUGCCCCCCGCCCCAUGCAAAGCCCAUGUGCAGCGCAGAGCCGGAGGUGCUGGGCUCCAGGGGAGGAAGGGACCUGAUGGCAGAGCCCGAGCCCCCUCUGGAGCUGCAGCUGGAUGAAGCCGGAGCAUCCUCAGCCCCACAGGGAGCGGCUGCAGGAGCUGCUCCACGCCCGGACCUGGCACACAGCCCAUCAGACCCAGCAGGGGGGUUGCGGGUGACACCCCCAUGCACGGGCAGAUCAGACACCUGCCAGGAGCUGCAGGCAGGUGGCAGGGACACUUCCUCGGAGCUAAACAUGUCAAAUCCCCAGCUGGGCAAGGAUGCAGCCGGGGCUGGGAUCCCGUUGGACGUGGAUGUGGCAGGAAUCCCGCUGGAUGUGGAUGUAGAUGAAAUAGGGAUCCCGCUGGAUGUGGACGCAGCAGGGAUCCCGCUGGACAUGGAUGCAGGAGGGACGGGGGUCCCGCUGAACGUGCAUGCAGGUGGAGUAGAGAUCCCACUAGAUGUGGACGGGGCAGGGAUCCCACUGGAUGUGGACACAGAUGGAGCAGGGAUCCCACUGGACAUGGACACAGAUGGGACAGGGAUCCCACUGGACAUGGAUGCAGAGAGGGUAGGGAUCCCAGCCGACACGGACACAGACAGGACAGGGAUCCCACUGGACAUGGAUGCAGAGGGGGCAGGCGGCCCCCUGGACAUGGAUGGCACGGAGCACCAGUGCCUGACGCUGGAAGAGCUGGGGAAUUACUUCCAAGAGUGCAUCGAAGCCGUCGAGCAGCUGGAGAAGGAGCGAGACAGCCUGAUCGUGGAGCUGGGCCAGCUCCGGGAGCCGGCGCUGCAGGAGAUCCGCCAUGCCCACGAGGAGAUCCAGGCAGCCUGUCGGCUGCUGGCCAAAGUGGAGCUGGAGAGGGACAACCUGAAGGAUGAGAUCCGGCAGAUCAAGCAGAAGCUGUUCAAGGUGACCAAGGAGUGCGUGGCUUGCCAGUACCAGCUGGAGAGCCGGCGGCACGACCUCUCCCAGCACACCGCUUACCGGGGGGAGCUGGAGACCCAGGCUGGGCAGCUCUCGGGCGAACUGUCCCGCCUGAAGGAGACCUGUGAGAAGGAGAAGGAGGUUUUGAAGCAACGGCUGGAGGCUCCGCCGUCUCGCCAGGAUAACCUGUACCUGCAGGAGAGCCGCCGGCUCUCCAUGGAGUUCGAGAGCUUCGUGGCGGAGAGCCGGCGGGGUCUGGAGGAGCACUACGAGCCCCAGCUGCUGCGGCUGCUGGAGAGACGCGAGGCGGGGGCGAAGGCGCUGCAGGAGAUGCAGGGGGAGAUCCAGGGCAUGAAGGAAGCCCUGCGGCCCUUGCAGGGGGAGGUCAGCCGGCUGCGGCUGCAGAACCGCAGCCUGGAGGAGCAGAUCAUCCUCGUCAAGCAGAAGCGGGAUGAAGAGGUCGGGCAGUACCGGGAGCAGGUGGAGGAGCUGGAAGACAGGCUGAAGGAGCUGAAGAACGGGGUCCAGCUCCAGCAGCGCAAGAAUCAGGAACUGGAGGAGCUGAGGACCAGCCUCCACCGGGAGCUCUCUAUCUACAAGAGCUGCUUAGAAAUCUACGGACACCUUUGCAAAUCGGAAGAAAAAGCAGAGCAGGACUGUUAGGAGCGACAGGCUUUGCUUCUUUAUCUGCAGGGGAACGUCUCCUCUUGCUGCUUAUCCUACCUGAUGUGCAGCAGCUGCCCGAAGUCAGGAAUACCAGAUGCUCCCUUUGCUCCUGUGUUAUUUCUGAAGGCGCUGCUGUUGAUUGUGUAGUAAAACUGCUUUUCCACGGAGGAGCAGAGAAAAAUAACUUGCACUGAACAACGGACAUGUAUGAAGAAUAACAGAUUUAUGUUUUGCUGUGUUCGGAAAAACGUAUCCCGUCUUGUUCCAUAGGUGGAUUGUAUCAGCCUUUCCCAGAAAGCAUUGUUCUGGAAGCCAGUGUUAGGGUGUUUGGUUUUUAAAGUUUACAUGCAAGAGAAGCUUUAUCCUUUUAACAGGGUUCUCUUUUGUAUUUCAAGGGUCUCUGCUGUAUUGUGACAUGCUCCACUGCGGGCCACAGAAACUCGUUUGUGGGUAAUAGGUUUCCACUUUAUUAUAUAAAAGUCUCACACUGAAAAUAAAGGUUGGAGUUUAAGGAUC